UCCCGCUCGGGGGGCCAGGGAGGGUGGCAAGAGCCCGGACGCCCCGCGGCCCGCCGCCCCGCAGAGCCCGGCCCCGGGCCCCACCCCGCCGGGCUGCGCGCCGGCCGGCGGGGGACGCGGAACAGCCCCGGGGAAUGAGGCGGCCUCGGCCCCUGGCGCCCCUCCGCGUGUGCGCCGCGCCCCUCGCCCGCCUGCCCCGCGGGCCCCCCCCAUGGCGGCCCGGUGGUUCAAAGAGUUCCCGCUGAACCUGAAGACGGCGUCCGAGCGCGCCCGGCCCGGUGGCGGCGGAGGCCGACUGCGCAAGAACUCGGAGGCGGGCGGCGCCGGGCCGGCCCCGGGCAAGGGCCGUAAGAACUCGGCGGCCGAGCUGGGGAGCGGCAGGGCGGGCGUCGGCGCCCCCAGGGACAGCCGGCCGCCCCGGGAGAGCCUGCAGGGCCUGAUCCAGGCCGCCGCGGGCAAGGGCCGCAAGAACUCGCGGGCAGCGGACGACGAGCAGCACCGGGGCGUGGCCAGGAGCGCGGGCUGCAGCUCCUACAUCGGCAGGCUCGUCAAGGUGGACGCUCAGGAGAAGAGCGGCAAGAGCAGCGCCAGCAGCACCAGCAGCUGCUCCUCGUCCGCGUCCUCGUCUCCGGCCUCCCUGGGCCCCGAGCUGGACAAGGGCAAGAUUGGAAGGCAGCCAGAAACGGUCAUCAUUUUAGAAGACUAUGCUGACCCUUAUGAUGCCAAAAGGACGAAGGGUCAAAGGGACGCAGAGAGAGCAGGAGAGAAUGAUGGCUACAUGGAGCCCUAUGACGCACAGCAAAUGAUAACAGAAAUCCGACGCCGAGGUUCAAAGGACCCCCUGGUGAAGGCUCUCCAGCUGCUUGAGGGUGCCUGUGAGCUGGGCGAGAACAGCGCGAAAACGGAGACUUUGGCCAAGAGACGGAGCUCAAAGGAGCUCCUGGGGAAGCCUCCCCAGCUGUACGACACGCCCUACGAGCCAGCAGAUGCAGCUCCUGACCGGAGGGCACGGCUGCCCGUGGAGGACGAGAGGCCAGCGGCCGAGUACGAACAGCCCUGGGAGUGGAAGAAGGAGCAGAUUGCGCGGGCACUGUCAGUCCAGUUUGAAGGCUCUGACCGACCUUCCGUCAAGGAGGACACAGUGAAGCAGCACCAGCGGCAGAAAAGCUGGACGCAGAAGAUCCUGAAGCCAGCUGCCUCAGACCACAGCGAGGGCGAGAGGGUGGACCCAGCCCUGCCACUGGGGAAGCAGCCUUGGUAUCAUGGUGCCAUCACCCGUGCAGAGGCCGAGAGUCGACUCCAGCCCUGCAAAGAAGCUGGUUAUCUGGUUCGAAACAGCGAGUCGGGGAACAGCAAGUACUCCAUUGCACUGAAGACUAGUCAAGGGUGUGUCCACAUCAUAGUGGCCCAGACCAAGGACAACAAGUACACACUGAACCAGACGAGCGCAGUCUUCGACAGCAUCCCUGAGGUUGUACACUACUAUUCCAAUGAGAAGCUGCCUUUCAAGGGGGCAGAACACAUGAGCUUACUCCACCCUGUGCACAGCAAGCUUCACUAGAGAGCCCGCCAGCAACGGCCCUGGCUGGUCACCCCCACCCCCCUGAGAAGGGUGUCAGCACCCAGCCAGCAGCAGGGGAUGAGACUACGCCACAGUCGUCGGUGGGAAGUGGGUGUCUCCAUCCAGAAGUCAAAAUCUUUGGCCUUACAUCCAUUCUGUGACACUUGGUUACUGACCAAGUGGCUUUUCUGCAAUAAGAAGUCAUAAUUUACCAGGUGCCUCCUCUCUCUGGAGUAGGCAGGUGGAGGGUGAGUCCGGGAAUAUUAAGGUUUUCCAAAAAUGUACUUGUUUUUACCUGAACACCUGGUCUCUAAACAAACCAACACAAAUGCAAUUGGCUUUUAUGUAAGGCAAUAAAAAAUGGUCAUGUGGACCAGAAGAGCAUGUAUCACGGAUCCGUCCUGGGGAAAAAGGAUGAAUAGUGGAAAACAAGUGCACAGUGGACGACUUGGAGAAAAUGUCCUGCUUCAGCUCUGGAGUCCAUGGAAAUUCAACUCUCAAGAGAUUAUUCUGUUGCUCAGCCUUCUAAGAAAGUUUGUUUCCUCCAUCUCUGUGGACUUUUUCACCAUUAUCAUCAAUAUAAACAUAAGUAGGAAGGAAGAUGCCCCUGAUUGAAGAAUCCGCAAUAUAGAUUAAGCAUUGGUAGCAUUAUAAUUCUGAAUUAUAGAAUAAAAUAAUGAUUUAAUUCUUGAUUUUUUAAAAAUCUGAAAAUUUGCACAGCUCAACUUAUUGCAUAAUUAUACAGAGCUUCUAAAUCUUUCAUUUCACCUUCGGACAUUUCAGUUGUUAGGGUAUGGUUUUUAAUUUUGGUCCCCCCAUUAGAUUUACCUUGUAUUUCAGAGUAAAUUUUAAAUAUACGUACCUCUGUCCUAAGGAUCUGAGUGCCUGAACUGGGUCUAUAACACCUGCAGCUGCUCUUUGCAGAAUGACCAGUUCACAUUGUAUACAAAUGGUUUUGAAGACUGAGGUUCCUCUACUACUCCUUAAGAUAUUAAAUUAAUACUCAUAGUAUUAUCAUCCUUAUGGAUAUUGCCAGUUUACUUACUGUGAAAAUAAAAAUAAACCAUGAGACUGGCAUUCUGUGAGGAGGCCCCAGCAAGUGGCCAAGAAUGACAGCUGAGCAGGUGCUUCUGUCUCUGGCUUUGCUGUGUGGCUUUCAGAACUGAUCCAGAUGCAAGUGCGCUGCCAUUCAUGAAAAGUUCACUUUUGUAGCUUCUUUUAAAUACAUGAAAAAGGUUGAUUUGGUUCAUUUUUAGGAAAGUAUAUCUUUCUAGUUCUUAGUUAUCAUUUUAUUAUUAUGGUUAGUAAAUACCUGCUUCUUUAUUCAAUUAAGGUUGUAGCCAAACAGUUGUGUGAUCUUUGAUUUAAAAAAUUUGAGAGGAACUUUUUCUUAACUGAAUCUCAAUGAUUUUAUUAAUAGGGUGUCUGUUUUUUAAAUACUGAUAGAAUUUUUUAAAUGUGUAUUAGUUCAUGUGUGACAUCUUUAGUCCAGAUUUCUAAAAAUUUUUAGCAUCUAUUAGUUCCAAUUCCAUUCAACAAAUAUUUAUUAUCUUCCAUAUACAAAUAAUUCAUUUAUUAAACUUAUUUUUAGUUCGACAUUUUAGAAGUGAAAGCUUAUUUUUUAAACUUAUUCUACAAAAUAUAGCAGUUAUCCUAAUUUUAAUAAAUGCUAAAAAGCCUUGUCAAGUUUUCCGUGUGCACUCGAUGUUUGUUGGCCCAUUCCCAGCAAUGGUGACGAAUGUAUAACAAAACACCAUCUUGAAAGCAAACCUGAUGCAUUAGGUAUUUAUUAAACUUCUAUUGUAUGCUCA